CAGGUCUCAAACACUUUGGGAAUUUCUGAAUUACUGGAAAUGAUUCAAUCCUGAGUACAUGACAAGUAUAUAUAAAAGACACACACAAGUGCUUGUGAACUUAUAAUACAGAACGCUCAAUCCUGCAUUACUUGUGAGCUCUCAUCAAGAAAAAUAAUGAAGACAUUGCUGGUGGUCCUCAUUCUUGUUCUGGCGUUGAACUACGGAUCUUCACUGAAGUGCAACCACUGCGUUCCUCAGGGGGGCACACGCUGCACACCAACUCAAGAGACCUGUGACUCGGGGAAAGAUGCUUGUAUCGCAGCCAGAUUCAACUUCCCUCCUUUCAUGGGCUUCCGGAGAUGUAGCAGUAUGACGGAGUGUCUUAUUCUCUCGAGUAACACUGCCAUGAAAGUGAAAUGCUGCCAUUCAGACCUCUGCAAUAACAUGAUCAUCAUUUAGACUGACGUCUGUCAAACCUUUAGAAGUUUACAAUUUUACAGAUGUUCAAAAGAGGCUUCACCAUUUCCCAACAAUAAAUAUUAUGAUUUAUAAUAUGGGUUACUGAUGUUUGUGGUUUAUUUUAGCGUUUGCAACAGCUGAAUGAUCGAAUCAUUGUGGAACAUUUAAAUAAAACAUCAAUUAUUAAAAUGUAAGAUUUUUAGUAGAUGUACAUUUCUGAAAUGCUAAAGUGAAAUAAAGUUAUUGCACAAGCUAAA